AUGAAGCGGGAGUAUGACCAGUGCUUCAACCGGUGGUUCGCCGAGAAGUUCCUGAAAGGGGAGGGCAGCGGGGACCCGUGCAUAGAGCUCUUCCAGCGGUACCGUACCUGUGUCCAGGUGAGACCUACCUCAAUCAGGGGGACUGAAUCAAGGCAUACGAGGGCCUUUACAGUAUGUGGGAGAGUUAGAAGGUCUUGUCAACUUUGUUCUGCUCUGUAUGUCUCCAUUGGGGACAUUACUUUCACUUCCUGUAUCAGUGGGACAGGAUACAGGAAAUACAAAAUAGACAAAACAAAACCCCUUACAACGUUGUCUAUGUGGAAACGGAACUUCACCUAA